UCCUACGCCGGCCAACAAGUCCUCACCUGCAACCUCACAACCCCCUCCCACCUGGACCUGAUCCGCGACUACACCAUCGACGUCUGGUCCGACGACUCGGUCGCUGUCCUCAACAGCCCUCUCGAGCUGCGGGCGGAUUUCCAACAACGUGAGGCGCUUUUCAAUGCUGCGGUGGAGUGUGAGAUUGUUGUGGAGGAUCUGGACGCCGCCAUCACCGCCAACUACGCCGAGGACACCGAUACCGGCGGCGUAAGCGCGAACAGCGUGCACGCGCGCGCGGACAUAGACGAGUUCUUCACCAAGUACCGGACGUACGCGGACAUCAAGGCCAAGAUCGCCGAAUGGGCCAAGACGUAUCCCGACCUGUUUACUGAUUAUGGGUCGAUCGGGAAGACGAGUGAGGGGAGGGAUAUCCCUGCGUUCAAGAUCGGGAAACCGCCCGCGAAACCCAAGGCGGGGACCCCCAAACCCUCCAUCUGGCUCAACGGUGGGAUCCACGCGCGCGAAUGGAUUUCCCCCGCGACCGUGAUGUUUCUCGCCUACGCGCUGCUCACCGGGACGCCCGACCCCGCGUUCCCCAAACUACUGGACACGGUCGAUUUCUUCUUCACGCCGGUGUCCAACCCGGAUGGCUACGUGUAUACGUUUACGACGGAUCGGAUGUGGCGGAAGAAUCGGGCCCCGAAUGAGGGGAGUAAGUGUAUUGGGGUGGAUUUGAAUCGGAAUUGGGAUGAGCAUUGGAAUAAGAUCGGCACGGGGAAGACCCCGUGUGAGGAUAUCUGGGCGGGGUCGGGCCCGUUCUCGGAGAAGGAGACCAAGGCGCUUUCGACGUUCGUGCUGACCAAGAUCCCGAACAGAAUUGCUGGGAUUGAUUUCCAUAGCUUCAGUCAGCUCAUCCUCACCCCCUGGGGCUGGACCAAAACCCCGCCCAACCCUCCCGCCUACUACUCCAACCUCGGCAAGAGCAUCGCCGCCGCCAUCAAAGCGCAAUCCGGCGUCAUCUACACUCCCCAACUCGGCGCCGACCUCUAUUUCGCGUCAGGCACCGUCGACGACUGGAUGAACGCAAAGGCCAAGAUGGUGGGGCUGACGAUUGAGUUGCGCGAUACGGGCAGGAAGGGGUUCUUGCUCCCGGCGAGCGAGAUUGUGCCGACGGGGAGCGAGAUGGUGGCGGGGGUGACGGCGUUUGUGGCGUAUGUGGUGAAGAAU